AUGCAAACCACACUUCUGCUACUCUCCAAAGUCCAAACCAGGAGGGGUAGGCCUAUUUCUCUUCGUGUUCUGCAGAACGUACAAACCCUGUAGCCAACCCCUUUCCCUCUCUCGACGUUCCCCACCCUCCAAACUAGGGAGGCAUAACUGAAUUUCAUAGUCUGAAUUCUUUUUUUUCCUUCUCUUUCUCAAGAACAUCUGCUUGAACAUUGAGAAAAACUGUUCGUUCAACCUCUAGCUAGCUUGAUCAUUGUGGGUACCUGGUUUGCAUUUUAUGCCGUCUACCCCCAUUUGCAUUGCUUGCAAUUUUCAGUUCGAUAGACGGUAGUUUAUAAAGACUGGUCUUUGCUCAAGAGAUGUGGGUGUUUCUUGUUUGGUUGAAUUCUGUGGGUGAAAGAUUUGAUUUUUGAAAAAUGCCCGAGACUCUUCCAUCUUUUGGGGAGUUCGGGUUUUGGGUAAUGAGUCUUAGGUUAUGGUCAUCAUGAACUUGAUUUGGACUGUUAAACAAUUUCCUCCUCUGCAAGUGCAGUGUGGUAGCAAUGAUUUUCAAUCUCAAAAUUGCAGGAAAGAUUGUUCAGAAAAUGAAGGAGAGUGGAUGCAAGCCCACAACUACUACUUUAAAUAUCCUUUUUAAAGGGUAUGCAAAAGUUGGUGAGGCUGUAGAAUCUGCAAAGCUACUAGAGUUAAUGUCAAAGAAGGAAAACAUUCAGCCAAAUGACAGGACGUACAAUCAUCUGGUUAGAGCCUGGUGUAACAGAAAGAAUAUAAAAGAAGCAUGGAAUGUGGUGCAUAAAAUGGUGGCGUCUGGUAUCUAUCCUGAUGUUAUCACAAACAACACAAUAGCAAGAGCAUAUGCUGAGGCUGGGGAGACAUAUAAGGCAGAACAAAUGAUAUUUGAGAUGCAAAACAACAAAGUGGCACCCGAUGAGCGUACUUGUGGAACCAUUGUGAGUGGAUAUUCUAAAGAAGGUAAUGUGGCAGAUGCCUUGAGGUUUGUCUAGAGGAUGAAGGAGCUCAGGGUUCAGCCAGAUCAUGUUGUUUUCACCUCUCUAAUCAAAGGGUUUCUAGAUGUUUCAGAUAGUGAUGGAGUUGAUGAGGCACUGACACUGAUGGAAGAAUUUCGGAUCAAACCAGAUGUUAUAAUGUUCAGCACAAUCAUGAAUGCGUGGAGCUCUGCUGGGCUUAUGGACAGAUGCCAGGAAUUUUUUGAUGACAUGGUGAAGGCCGGGUUAGAACCUGAUAUCCAUGUAUUUAGCAUUCUUGCAAAAGGCUAUGUGCGUGUUGGAGAACCAAUCGAGGCUGAGUCACUCCUGGAUUCAAUGGGCAAAUUUGGUAUACGUCCAAAUGUUGUGAUCUUCACCACCAUCAUCCGUGGAUGGUGUAUUGCGGGGAAAAUGGAGCAUGCGAUUAGAGUGUAAGAGAAAAUGUGUGAACUUGGCAUUUCACCAAAUCUAAUUACUUUUGAGACCUUGGUAUGGGGAUAUGGGGAAGCAAAACAGCCUUGGAAAGCCGAAGAACUGAUGCAGAUUAUGGAAGAGAAGGGUAUCUACUCCAGGAGGAAAAUUACCCAACUUGUUGCUGAUGCAUGGCUUGCCAUCGAUUCAACUACUGAAGCAGAGAGAACCUUAAAAAAUACAUAUGAGGAAAUGACAUCAAAUAAGUGGGAUGAUAAUGAGAUACCUCAGCAGAGGUUUGAUAAGAUUUACAAGAAACAAUAUCCUAGAGGUAAUCAUUUGCAGAUACCUGGAGUAGCUAAGACUGACCAAAAAGGGUCAUCUAGAACUAAAAUAAGAAGCCAAAUGGUAGACGAAAAGUCCUGGUCUUCCCCAAAAACUAAUGUGCUUCGGACACAACAGCAGAUUAAAUGCAGGAAGCAGUUAGAAAAUCCAAAAAUGAUAUAUGGGGGUCUGUAAAUUUGAGCAGAGUGGUCUUCAUAAACUGAUACAUAUUACAGAAACAUAACAGGAGGUGAUCAUAUUGCUGCGAAUUUAAAGGUCACUCUGGCUUUCUGAAGUACUGAUGAUCAAUUCUUAACAAAGCUGUUGAUAUUGAGCCUGUACAUAUGUCUAAUUACAAUAUUAAUGUACAUAGUGUUGAUAAUCAGGGCAAGAGGAGAAUGCUGUCAAUUUGUUCAUGAAAGUAAAGCAGUACUUUUAUUUAAUAAAAGGGUCCGUCUUUC